UUCACACAUGUUAAGCCAGCCACAUUUGUCGAACAUGGCAACACAAGAUAUGGUUAAUCAGAAGGCAAGAUGUUUCAUGUUCUGGAUGAUUGCAGGUAUGAUGAUGGCGGAUACAUCUGGUGGUUAUUUGAAGCUUAUGUACCUGCCUAUGCUCGAAGACGUCAAUAAAAUUGGAUCUUAUAGUUGGGGGAGUGCGACCUUGGCAUACUUGUACCAUUUUCUUUGUAAAGCUUCACAGAGUACCCAAAAUGAGAUAGCCGGAUUUUUGCCACUACUUCAGAUUUGGGCGUGGGAGAGAGUCACUGUUCUCCGUCCUCAAAUAGUAGCCCACAGAGAUGCGAGAACUAUUUGUCAUGUUGGUUUGCCUAGGGGUCCGCAUGCUACUAGAUGGUUUGCACAUAUUAGUUGGACGAAUACUACCAAGCAUGUGUUGAAAGUUUAUAGGGAUGCACUUGACUCUGUGAUAGAAGAUCAGUUUAUUUGGGAACCGUAUUCUGAUGACUUAAUUGAGAGUCUUCCUCUCUAUUGUCAUGCUGGACGAGACAUAUGGCGAGUUAGAGUUCCAAUAUUUUGUUGGGAUGUGGCCGAGGUUCAUUUGCCAGAUCGUGUUAUGAGGCAAUUUGGACUACAACAAGCUAUACCAACUCCGUUUCCAUUUGAUUCCAACCACUUUCGCCAUGAUCGUUGA